AUGUUCCUAAUUAACCUGCUAAUCCUAAUCAUCCCAAUUCUUCUAGCCAUAGCCUUCUUAACAUUGGCAGAACGCAAAGUACUAGGUUAUAUACAACUCCGAAAAGGCCCUAACAUCAUUGGACCCUAUGGUCUCCUUCAACCCUUUGCAGAUGCAAUAAAACUAUUUAUCAAAGAACCCCUCCACCCACUUACAUCAACAUCCCUACUUUAUAUUAUUGCACCUACCCUUGCUCUAUCCCUAGCCCUCAUUAUAUGAAUUCCCAUACCCAUGCCACAUCCCCUCCUCAACAUAAACCUAAGUAUCCUAUUUAUUCUAGCAACAUCCAGUCUAGCCGUAUACUCCAUCCUCUGAUCGGGCUGAGCAUCAAAUUCCAAAUACGCACUAAUCGGCGCGCUCCGAGCAGUGGCCCAAACAAUCUCCUAUGAAGUGACCCUCGCAAUUAUUCUCCUAGCAAUUCUCCUAAUAAAUGGGUCCUUCACACUAAUGACACUAAUUACAACCCAGGAAUACUCUUGACUAUUCUUCCCCUCCUGACCACUAGCAAUAAUAUGAUUUAUCUCAACACUAGCCGAAACAAAUCGAGCACCCUUUGACCUUACAGAGGGUGAAUCAGAAUUAGUCUCAGGAUUCAAUGUUGAAUAUGCUGCAGGACCCUUCGCCUUAUUCUUUAUAGCAGAAUACACUAACAUUAUUAUAAUAAAUGCUCUAACUACCAUUAUCUUUCUAGGCGCAUUACAUAACAUUCUCUCACCUGAAAUAUUUACAAUCAACUUCAUAGCAAAAACACUCACUCUCACAUCACUUUUCCUAUGGAUCCGAGCCUCAUAUCCACGAUUCCGGUAUGACCAAUUAAUACAUCUUCUAUGAAAAAAUUUCCUUCCACUCACACUGGCUUUUUGUAUAUGAUACAUCUCAAUACCCGUCCUAAUAUGCAGCAUCCCACCCCACCUAUAA